ACUCGGCUCGCAUGUUAGCGGCGGUUGCACCGGUGGUAUAAAACUGAAUGUUGGGAAGAAAUCGCGCUUAAUAUCACCUUGAUCUUGAAUCGGUAACGUUGUGUCCGGUUGCGGUGUGAGAGAGAGCAACCUCCUCCACCUCGGAGAAAUUGACCAGCCGCGGCGUGAAGAGACAGAUUAGUGUGUUUUUGCUGCUUCCGUGUGACAGACAGUACCGACGCCUGGUGGUGCCAGAGGCCAAAAGUGUGCGGGGGUGUCCGGAUUAGUUUCAAGUGUCUCUGCGCGAAAGCCCCGUGCAGUGUGGAACAAUAUUAUUAUUUAAUUCGUCCGGUGGAAAGUGAAGCCCAGUGAAAUUAUGAUAAGAAAACGACCGUCGCUGGUGGUGUGGCGGCUACUGCUGCCGUGCCUGGCGUUGUCCACCGGCAUGUCUCUGGCACAAACCAUGAAAGCGGAACAUAAAGAGGCAUCAGUCGAUUCGUCUGCAAUCUUGGAAAGCGUACUGUGCGUGGUCCGAUCGAACCCUAUGCAGUGCAUCAAGGAACAAGCCGGCCGCAUGCUGGACAACUGGGAGAACAUCCUCGAGGUGAAAAAGCACGAAAUGAUGGAGGAGGCCGACAAGGAGAACCAGAAACGAAGCGAACAGCGCGGAUUGAGCAACGACGACGAUAAACAACCUAAGCAGUCUCCAUCGAGUCUGAUGGUUCAGAUCGAGGAAGGGUUGGAAACAAUUUCGGAGUUCGUGUCGGACGGCGUGGACAGCUACGUCUCGACGGGCAAGACGAGCAAAUCCGCUGAGGAGGGCCAACCAAAGAAACACCUGCACCACAUCUUACACAAACUAGGUAACGCCGUAGGCAACGGUACCAACGAGGGUCUUGCACGACGCGAUUUGGAUGAUGAUGUGUCCGCAUUGGAGGAUGGUUUGGUGGAUUAUGGAUUUGGCGCCGGGCCCGAAAAAGCUAUCGGUAGAGGCAAGCAAGAGGGUGACCAGCAUGUAGUUUACGGUGGUGUUGAACACAGUAGCUCUGGAGGUGGGUUCGACUCAGAGGAGAAAGAAGACGAACAGGAAACAGGCCGGUUCGAUAGCGGAGAAGGAGGAUUCCGUCGAAAGCGCAAGGGUAAGAAGAAGAAGACCUACAUGAAGCUGUUCAUCCUGGGAGCCGCCCUCAAGGGCAAGAUCGAACUGCUGCUGAAGAUCCUGUCGUUCAAGCUGCAGCUCAAGUUCUUCGCCGUCGCCGUCAUCGGACUGCUGAUCAACAUCGCUCGCUUCUGGAUUGACCUGAAGCGGCAGCCGCAACCGCAAAAAGUAAUCUACUACGAGCACGCCCAGCAUCAGCACCACUACGACGAUCACGGCGAUGACUACGGAGGCUACUGGAAGCGUUCCCUCCACGGAGUGCACCACGAAGAGGAACCCGCUGGAUUCUUCGAUCGCAGUGACCGACUCGAUGAUGACCAGUACAGCAGAGGUUCCCAUCCCCAGCAGCAUCAGCAGCACUACGUCCCACAGCAGACGCCCAACAGCCCGAGCCACUACCCGUACGACCCGCACAGCAUGGCGUACCACCAGCAGCGGCCAUAUAACUAACCUAGAAAUAUCCUUGCCAGUCCUUGUUGAACACUUUUGUCGUUUUCUGAAUUCUGUUGCUCCUACCCAUCAUCUCAUCCCCUUUCGUCAUCAUCAUCAUUCAUCCCGUCUCAUCAUUGAUUUUGUACAAAUCGUGGCAGAGCCAUUCGUGCCCAAAGCUUUCCCAAACUAAUUAGCAGAACCACCAGCCAGUCCUCGGACCGUAGACCGUAGAACACAUAUGUUGUCAUUAGCUAUUAGUUGGUUGAAAUGUGCAUGCGCUCCAAAUGGCAAAGUAGUAGGAGAGUGUUGUUAAUUUGCUAGGUUUAAUAUUUAUUUAUUUAUUGUCUUGAAUUAUUUAUUUAUGCAAUUGCGCCGUAUUUUGCGAACAGUUGACUGGUUAGGAACAGGGUUGCGCCCCGGUACGCGUAACUGUCGUUGGACCCGUUCGAGCGAACAAAUUCUGCGAAAGUAUGAGCGAUGGAGAAGAUUUCUCACGUGGACAAUAAACUUGAUUCAAAAAUAACUAAA